AUGGCUGCCCGCAGUACGGCGGAAGAAAUGGAGAGACUCCAGCUGUCCGAUGAAGACACAGCGGAUCUCUGGGACUCUCCUUCACGACAACGCAGCAAGAAAACAACCUAUCACAAGACUGCGAGCGACCAGCACACUACACCUGAACCUCGCCCCUCCCACCAUGGACAGACGCUCUUCGACCGACAGGAAGCCCGCGACGCUGCGUUGCGGCACGAACUACAAACAGUGCGGAAUAUCAACCAGGUGAUUGAGGGACUCUUGGGGAGUUUGGAUCGUGCGAAAGGGAACAUGGAUACCGUUGCGCGCACCGUUGAUUCCGCCUCGACAUUACUCAACACUUGGACGCGUAUUUUGUCACAAACAGAACACAAUCAGCGACUGAUUCUCAAUCCCAACUGGCAAGGAGCGCUACAGGACGUGGCGGAUAUGGAAAACGAAGAGCUGGUGCGCCAACAAGCGGCAGAAAGACGCGAACGAGAGUUGCAGCAACAAAGAGAAGCAGCAGCCCGUAAGGCCGAGGAGGAAGAGAAGAAGCGAGCGUUGGCGACAGGCUCGCGAACGACUCGCGGGACAACCACUCGAGGCAGGGUCGUCCGAAGCACCGGUUUGGGAAGAACACCAAGUGUAUCUUACUCAAGUUCAAGCGCGGCCAGGACCGCGGCAACCAGAGGGGGCACAUCCACAACCACAUCUACGCGAAGACCUGUCAGUGGAAUUGCAAGAGGGCCAGGCACGACACGUGGUCGCGGAAGAGUUUAG